AUGGUAAGGCAGGUGUCACGAUUCCCUGCUAUUUACUUGGAAUUAAGACCAGAGACAUCUUGUCACAGUAGCCAACUGCUUGCUCAGCUGGCAGCACUUCGUGACGACUCUCAGCUGUGUGACGUGGUGCUGGUCAUUAAGGUAAUUCUCACAAGAGUCUCUUGUAUCGUCUCCCAGUUUUUCAAACGAAAUAGAAUUGGUCGAUCUGGAACCAACGACGCUAGUUGCUGCCUUGUUAAUUUCUGCUAUUCUGGUAGGCUAGAGAUCAACGAUGCUAAUGUGCUGAACAUGCUGCAUGCUGCCAGCGUUCUUCAGUUGGACAAAGUUCAGGUUUUCACGGCGGUAACUCACUGGGUUAAGUUCAAUUUAACAGAACGGAAAAGCUAUCUUUCAAAGCUCUUAGAGCAUGUUCGUCUGCCACUCUGUAGUCCAAAGUUUCUUGUCGGCACGGUCGGUGAGGACCCGUUGCUGAGUGAUGACACCGCCUGCCAAGAGCUUGUCAAUGAAGCGAAGAACCAUCUGCUUCUACAGCUGGCUACACUCGAACACUCAAAGUUGCAAGGGCCGCGUAUUCGACCGCGCAAAGUACUAUCUGGAGAAGUGUUAUAUGCU